CAUUUGUUAUGUGACUUUUUCUAAACGAUUUUGCUCUUGUUUUCAUUUCUCUUUCAUUUAGAUUUUAAUCUCUUAAUUGUUGUGAAAAUUUGAUUAAUUAACAGUGAAUAUUAGUUUUCUCAAUGACAACAAUUAAAGUUUAAACGAUGAUCCUUUUUUGUGGCUAUCAAAAUGUAACCAAAUGAAUGAGAAUCUUUUUGCUUUUUGUCAACAUUUCAAAUCAGUUGAACAUUAAUAACUUUUCCUGAUUAAUUAAGUCUAUCUCUUAAUAUUAUCGCCCAUUCAUCAAGCUAAUUAAUUUUCAAUUGGAAUCUCAAUGUAGUUUAUCAAGGAAAGCAAAAUUUGAAACCAUUUCUUCAUCUCUCUUACUCUCUGUUUACCAUGAAUAAAAUGUUUAAUUCUGGUAUCCAGUUGAUUUCAAGGACUAAAUUGACAAUAUUUAUAUUGAUUAUUUUCUGGUUAUCCCAUGGAUUUACAACCAUUAAUUGUUGUAGUGAUAUAUUUUCCAAUCACAUUGGUACAACUACUAAUGAUAUGGUGAUUAAGGAAGGCGACCCAAUGGAGGUUGAUUGUUCACUACUUACAUCGUCAAUGGAUCUUGGCAAUGGGACUAAGGUUAAAAUUGAUUCGCAAAUGUUAUUAUUCAAAUAUAAUGGAACCAGAAUUCAAAAUUCAAAGAUUCAAAUUGUUGACAAUUCUACGAUUAAAUAUAAAGUGAAACGAAGCUCAAUGAAGGAGAGCGGAUAUUAUAUGUGCUAUAUUGAUAUCGGUUAUGCUGAUGUUAAGCCAAGAGCAGUUUGUGGUUCUUAUAUUACUAUUGCUCAUGCUCCAAGUGCCAAUGAUUAUUUCAAUUUGACUUGUUCUGGAUUGGAUUUGAAAAAUUUUACCUGCCAAUGGGAUUUACAGAGUUACAAUGUUGCCACUGAUUAUCAAUUGAGUCUAAUUAUUCAUGAAAAGUUCAAUUAUUCAACCUGUCCGAAUCGUAUCUCUCGAAAUACUUGUAGUUUUACCACCAGAGAUCCUUAUCCUUACCUGAUUUCUGACAAAAAGCUCAGAUUCCGUUUGGAUGUUUCAAACAAAUUUGGUUCUAUCUACAAGAUAUACGACAUAGACCAUUAUUCAAAUGUGAUUCUUGAUUCAAUUUCAUCGUUAAAUUUUAUCUCAAGUGGCUCACAAAACAUUACAAUCUCAUGGGAUCCUCCCAACAGUAUUGCUGAUGAUCCUUAUCUUGAAAAUAUAACUGAAUAUCUAUUGAAUGUGAUCCCAAUUCAUGGUGAUGAAAAUUCAACUCAUAUCGAUGAUAUCAAGCAAAUGGAAUCACCUUUUACCAAAACUGUAACGGUCAAAGGAAUUAGAGAACUCAAACUGGAAGAUUUAAUUCCUUUUACUAAAUAUCGCUUCGAGAUUCGUUGUCGAUUGGUAACUGAUGCUGGUAAAAGUAAAUGGAGCAAAGAAUUGGUUGAUUUUAUUCAAACAGAACCUGAUGUUCCUUACUAUUGCCCUAUUUUACUACCUGGAGGUUUUGAAAUUAUUAAAAGAUCUGAUACAAGGUUUGAUGCUAUUGUUUAUUACGAGAAAGUGGACGAAAUUUAUUCUAAUGGCCCUGAUUUCAUGACCAUAGUGAAGACUGUUCCUGUUCAUUUGAUCACCAAAGUAACAUCGCUUUCACUGUUAACUGGCACAAUUGAUUCACCAAUUUCAAUAGCUAAACGAAGCGAACAUCAUUCGAAAAUUUUUCCAACGAGAUCGCAAUCGAAUAAAGUAUCAAACAUAUUGGCACCUAUUUCAUCAAAACCCUCGAUAAUUGUUCCUGGUGCUCCAUUUCCUCCAACCACGAAUUUCAUCAAUCCUCAAUUUUCAAGUUUACACGUGAAAAAUUUGAGUAACACGUUUGAUCUGAAGUUGACAAUGCUUUCUAUGAACUCUCUUGGUCUUUCUCGUAUAUUCAAUUUUAUUGCAAUUCCUAGUUUGAGUCUGAGUAAAGUUCAUCCCGGUGUUGAUUCAAUUUAUGCAAUUAAAUGGAAUGAUAAUAAUUAUACUCUUUAUUGGACCGUUUCAUCAGUGGAAACUAUCAGAGACUUCAGCAUUUUUUGGUGUGAAGUGAUUGACACUCCUCAAUGUGAUCAUCAAAUUAAUCAUGUUUCUGCUCCAAAGGAAUUAGAUUCAGUUUAUUUGACAAUAAACUAUAAUAAAGUACAAUUUGGUAUCUCGGUAAUGGAUUCAGUCUAUGGAGUAUCAAGUGGAAUCAAAUGGAAUCAAUGUAUUGAAGAUUCAUCAAUAAUUCAGACUAAAAAUCGUUUCAAAAGAUUUAAUUUAAUCUCGAUUGGAUCAAAGUCUGUCUUGGCAAAUUGGCUUCUUGAUUGUCCGGCUCUGGAUCAUUUCUUGUACAAAUUUGAGAUACACUAUUGUAAACUCAGUCAUCCCUGUUCAGAAACAUUGACAAUCAUCAAUGUUGAUAAAUUACUCAAUGAAUUGUUGAUUGAAAACUUGGAAUCAAACACUGGCUACAAUUUUACAAUUUAUGCAGUGACCAAAGUUAAAGGUCAACGAUUGGAAAGCUCACCGAUAACAAUUGAAACAAAAGUCAAUGCGGUCACUAUAAUUUUGACCGUUUCAGUGAUCAUUGGUUUAGUUAUCUUGAUAUUAACUAUUCUGUACAUUUUAUUGAUUUUUACAAUAAGGAAACGUAAAGUUGAACGGAAAUUGAAAGAGACCGUUGAUUCCAAUUGGAUUCCCAAAAUGCCGUCACGAUUAAAAGGAGAUGCAAACAUUUUACUUAACCCAUUGGCUCGAGAGACUCGAAAUGAAUACGAAAACAAAGAGUACAUGAAUAGCGGAUCGAAUACUAAUCUAAACAAAUUAAAUGCCAAAGGAUUUAAUUCGAGAUUCGAUCAACAAUUGACAAAAGAUUGUAAAAACAACGUGUUCAUUUUAUCGACAAUCAGUGGGAAUAAUCAGCUGACCGAUAUAAUCCCAUGUACAGCAUCAUCUUCAUCUUCAUCUUCAGCAUCUUCAUCUGUAUCACCGUCAUCAUCUUCAUCUUCAUCAAUUACCGGAGAACCGGAUGAAGGAUUAGAAUUAACUUGUUCCAUUGGUAAUAAUGAGAAAAUUGUUGCAAAUAGGAAGAGUUUAAUUAAAUCAUUUUCUUCUGUAUCAUCGACAUCAUCUCGACGGAUGAGAUGUCGCAAAUUAUCUGAUGGUGGUGGAUGUGAUUCGGAAGAUUCUGGUUAUUCAACUAAAUUGUCAGAUAAAACUGUUUACUAUGAAGGUGAUAAAUUUACGAUGGAGGGUUUGAUUAAAUCAAUUGAUGAAAAUUCACCUUAUAUUGUUGUACCUGAAGAUAAAAACUCUGGGAUAUCAAUUGGCAAUAAUAUCAAAUCAUCAGAUGACAUUAAUAUUAAUCAGAAUAAUGUUAAUCUUAGUUUAUCUGAUUCUAAUUUAAGAUGCAAUGAUCAAAUAGCAAUUAACGAUGAUUACAAUUCAUCUUUACCAUUAAGAAAUGAAUACUUGCCCUUUACUGGUGAUUAUCAUUAUUAUCUUCAUGGAAACAUUCAAAAUCGUAAUCACAAUGAACCAGAUGAUGUAAAUACAAUUUCUAAUGGUUAUGUUUAUACUUAAAAGAAACAAAUUUUGUUAAUUUUGUUUUUCCUUAAUUGCUUAAUGAUCAUACAAUUUGAUAGAUCACAUGAAUCGACAAAAUCUCAAAAUCACAUCUUCACAAUUACCAUGGAGACACUUGUUAAAUAUUCUCUCACCUGAUGAUAAAAGGACAAAAAUUACUCUUCCAUUUUAUUUUCCUACCUCUUAAUUAAAUUAAUUUACUAAUCAAAUUGAUGAUCAAUUUUGCUUCUCAAUCCAAAAUCAACUUUUUAAAUCUAAUGGAAAGCUUAUCCUCUCAUCUCUUUCUUUUCUCCCUCUCAUUGUAACUUUUCUUUAAAUAAAGUUAAUUCUACAAUUUAAAAA